UCGCUUUGGGACUAUAUAAGUAAAGACUAUAUGACUCCUCUCUGCCGCUUGACUCUUUUCUUUUGUAUCUAUAUUUGAUAACGAUGGAGAGAGCUGAUUAUGAUCAACUCAAGCGUUUUCAGCGAGAGAAGAGAGCGUUUGAUUUUCUGUGUAUAGUCACGGAGGGAAUGGUUAGAGCUUUUAGAUAUUUUGAGGAGAAAGGAGGAACACCCACCAAGAGAGAGAGAACGAAGGCAACAAUGAGCUCCUGGAGGUCGCGCAAACGACAGAAGAUGAUCGAUGAGUGCGAGAAUCAAGAUCCUAAACAAAAGCCUAAUCGUGUUGCUUGUUCUCCAAGUUUGUGCCAUGUAGAGUCCAAGAGGCGUGGACAAGUAAGAAGAAGAAAGGCCCCAGUUUCCAACAAAAAGGUAAGAAGAAGAAAGGCUCCGGUUAGAGAAAGAGAGGCGGUGGUUCAAGAGAGAGGUAGGACGCCGGAAUGGCUGGUUAACGUGAUGAGAGAAAAUAAUGGUACGGACGCGAAGAUGAUAAUGAAGGAGAAGGUUCUUGAAGAGAGUGAUGUCAACAAACACAAGGCACGUCUCUUGAUUCCCUGGAACGAGAUAGUGGAUGUGGACUUUAUGAACGAGGAGGAGUUGGAAAUCGUAGACAAACAUCACAGAAAAAAGACUAAAAAAGGAUUAGAUUUUACCUUGGUGGGUUUGAAGGGUCAAACAUGGGAUCUUAACCUUAGGAGAUGGGAUAUGACGUCCACUUCCAACUACGUCUUGGUUACAGGGUGGAACAAGGUCGUCUUCAGUCCGGGUAACAGGCUACGUAAAGGCCAGAGGCUUCAGAUUUGGUCCUUCCGCUCCCCAGACAAGCUCUAUAUUGCUCUCGUUACUCCGGAACCAGCUCCAGCUCUGGCUAUGGCUCUAGCUCCGGCUCCAGAUCCAGCUACAUCUUCACGUCCGGCUCCGGUUGUUACGAGAGACUCUGACGAACUAGAUCUCGAGACUCGAGCUCCGGCUGUAAACUAAAGAUUCCGUCAAGGACUAAUUUCUCUUUCUUUUUUUUUUUUUGGUUUUUUUUUUGGUUUGGUUGUGGACUCUUAUCUCCAUUGCCGUGGAAUGCCAUGCAAGUAGUUUUUUUUCCAAAGUAUUGGAAGAUAUGGUUUUUUGGAAUUUUUUGUCUGGGUGUUAUUCUUUAUGGGGUUUUAUUAAUGUUAAGUGCUGAUAUAUUUCAUUCCU